GUGGUGUGGCUGGACCAGCACCGGCCUCACUAUGUCUGCCAUUUUCAAUUUUCAGAGUCUGUUAACUGUAAUCUUGCUGCUUAUAUGUACGUGUGCUUAUAUUCAAUCCUUGGCACUCAGCCUCCUUCACAGAAGUAAAACUGGAUUAGUGGGAAUAUUUUGGAAGUGUGCCCGAAUUGGUGAGCGCAAGAGUCCUUAUGUUGCCGUAUGCUGUAUAGUGAUGGCCUUCGGCAUCCUCUUCAUACAGUAGCUUUGGAAACUACCAGUGUGUGAUUGCCAUCAGACUCUGUAAACAAGGACUUACCACCAGAAAAAUAAUGCGAAGAAUGGUUAACCCUUUUAUCUCUGAACAUGAAAUGAGAUAAAUUGUGAGAUGCUGUUCUCUGUUUUUAUGCUGUUGGACCAAUGAGCUAUAUAAAUAAUUAAGAUGUAACAGUUUAAUACAUGGGAAUGUGAUUAUA